CUCAAACCCUCGGUCUCUUUCUUUCUCUGCUAUAAAUAGCCACCCCAAACUCCUCCGACUCUUCAUCACCUUAAGUUCCUUCUUACGGUCUGAGCAAACGUCAUGAAGCCCCUCCACGCUGCCUUAGCCCUUCUACUGAUCCUCUUGGCCUCUUCCUAUCUCCAAGCCACUAUGGCCGGCUCACCUUUUUGCGAUUCCAAGUGCAAGGUUAGGUGCUCCAAGGCGAGCUAUCAGGACCGCUGCCUCAAAUACUGCGGGCUGUGCUGCGAGGAGUGCCGCUGCGUGCCUUCUGGGACUUAUGGCCACAAGGAUGAGUGCCCUUGUUAUAGGGACAAGUACACUGGCUUUGGGAAGAAGAGGAGGCCAAAGUGCCCCUAAGCCUCGACCGGGCCCGAACAUCUUUUAUAUGAUCUCCUUAGUUUCUUCCACACUCGGCAGUGGUUACUAGUGGGUUGUCAUGUUAUGGUGCGUCUAUAAAAGUUGAUAUGGUGUGAGAGUGGUGAUGGGUGUUUGGAGAAAAUAAGAUAGAAAGAUGAUCGGCCAGUUGGGACUGUUUUGUUACAUUGUAUUUUCCCAUAUAUACUGCUCUUAUAUUUGCCCUCUGUGAUCGCAUUGAGAGUUUUGUCA